AAAGCAUGCAUCCUCCAUCACUCCUUCAUCAGAGAUAGAGAUAGAGAGAGAGAGAAGAACAGAAGAAAUUUUUCUAAACUCUUCAGAGAAACUCAAAACUUCUGAAAGGAUGGGUUCCACAGGGGUACAGAUGGUGUCUGUGGCUUUGGGAAUCCUGGGCCUCAUCGCUGCCAUCGUCACAUGUGUCCUCCCCAGCUGGAAGGUUUCCUCCUUCACUGGACAAAACAUCAUCACAGCACAGGUGCAGCAGGAAGGCCUGUGGAUGGAGUGUGUGUUCCAGAGCACGGGCCAGCAGCAGUGUAAAUCCUACGACUCACUACUGAUCCUGGGCUCAGACAUCCAGGCGGCUCGUGCCAUGAUCAUCGUGUGCUGUAUGGUGUCGGCGAUCUCCCUGCUGGUGCUGUUUGCUGGUGCAGAGUUCACCACGUGUGUCGAAAACGAGGACGCCAAGCCAAAGAUCUGCCUGGUGGCGGGCGUGGGCAUGCUUAUCGCUGGCCUGCUGCUCAUCAUCCCCGUCAGCUGGACGGCCCACAACAUCGUGAGAAACUUCAACAACCAGCUGAUAAACCCAGCCAACCGCAGAGAGCUCGGUCCAUGCAUCUUCAUCGGCUGGGCCGGAGGAGUGCUCCUCCUGCUGGGUGGAGGACUGCUGUGCUGCUUCAGCCGUCCGCGAUCCAGAGGCUCUGGAGGCACCGCCAAGUACUACAGCAAUGGCGCCUCAGCUCCGUCUACAAACUAUGUCUAGACAUGACGAUGAUCGACAGAUGUGUAAUUGAUGCCUCAAAAAUUAAACAUUUCAACUUGGGGUGUGACAGUAUGUUGGUUUAAAAAACCAUUAUUCAUAAAUGUCAUAAUACAAAGGGGUGGGGCUUUCAGAAUUGGAACUGUAAACAAGGAAAUAUCAAAAAAGAAAUUCCAAUCAUCGCUAACAGUGAGAUCAUGUAAAAUAGUCAGACGGUUAAUAUUACACUGCAUGUUUAUAGAUAAUUGCAUCAUAAAUAUGAUUUUUUUAAAAAUAGAAUGCAUGAAUUUUCACUUUUUAAAGAUCACAUGACAAAUGAAACAAAGAAAAAGUAAAUCUAAAGUCAGUUAAAACCAUGAUAUGCCUCCAACUCACCCCCCCAAAAAUAUCUAGUCGUAUGAAAUUUAACAUCCAUUAGCUCCACCCCUAGUUUUACUCAUUUAAAUAUGGGUGGGGCUUCUUUAACAAUGAAAUUUGGUGUGCAUGUUCAUGAAUGUGUUUAAAUCUCAAAACUCAGUCUAUAAAUAAAAUGUUUUUCAGGAUGAUGAAAAAAUACAACAAUGUUUAUUAUUAUUAUUAUUAUUAUUAUUAUUAUUAUUAUUACAGGUAGUCGUCGACUUACGACUGCGUUUGGUUGCGACUGACCGGUCGUAAACCGAUCUGGUCAUAAGUCGGCCUAUGUUAAAUGAAUGUAAGUAUAUUGUGAUGUGUAAUGAUAUUGUAAUCAUCUUAAAGUCUUAUUUUAUCAACAUUUUCUUAUUUCAUUACCUUGGCUCAUUAUUUGGUUUAAGUCAAACACUGCGUACUACACUGCGUACAGUACAAUUCGUUUAAUAUGUGCAAAACAAAAAAUACGAAAUACAGGUGUGAAAAAUAGAAAACAUUUUAGUUUGAAACAUACCAAAAUACAAAUGUAAAACAUAGCAAAAUACAAAAUUUAGUGACCGCUGGCAUCACUGGUGCUUGGCUGUGGGUCGUCUACAGUACGUCAUCAUCAGCUGUUGCAGCACUCGGGCUGGUGGGAGGAUUUGCUCGUUUCAUAAACCAGGAGCUGGGGCGGAAACUGUAUGACGGAGCAUGAGAGAGACUGCGUGUGUGCCAGGAGCUGGGGCGGAAACUGUCGUACGCGGCGAGAGGCUGCCAGGAGCUGGGGCGGAAACUGUCGUAUGCUCAGCUAGCUCAGCUGGGAAACACUUGCCAGUCAUAACCAGACGGUCAUAAAGUCGAUUGGUCGUAAGCCGCAUAAGUCGCAAGUCGACAACUACCUGUAUUAUUAUUGCAAAUUGCUGCUGCCAUGAAGAAACCGCUAUAAAUCUGAGGAAUAAUGUCAUGUUUCAGCAUUUUUUUAAUGAUGCACUGAGAACGGCAAGAUUUUUUCAUAACAGCAACAAAAUAAUGUAUUUUAUAACUUACAGCUUCAUUAGGAAUCUUUAACUCGGUGAUGCUUCGGGGAAAUCCGUCCUUUAGAGCAGCGAAAGAUGAAAAGCUUUUUAGGCCCAUGUGACCAAAUACAGGUGAUUAGCUGUGUAUAAUGUUGCUUCUCUAAAGUUAAUUGGCAAAACUGUAACAUCAUGUCUUUUUGCUUUUGUUUUAUUAAAAUUAACAUUCCUAA